AUGCCAAGACCAGAAGAAUUGUCUGUCUCCACCCAUUUGAGCACCAAGGAUGCAGAAUCGGCGAGUACAGCAAAACCUCCAAGAAAUAAAUUUGUUCAAUUUUUCAUUGACAACUGGUUUAUGAUUACAACUAUAAUUGGAGUCAUUAUUGGCUUCGGUGUUGGAUUCGCUUUAAACCAAAAAGGACUGGAUGCAACUGCCAAAACUUGGAUAGGUAAAGUCCCUACUCAUUUUAUUAAUCAAUCUCUCUCUCCAGCCAUGCCUGGUGAUAUCUAUAUUCGACUCCUUAAAUUGACCAUCUUACCAAUGAUUUCUGCCAACAUUAUCAAUGUUAUGGCUAACUUAAAUCCGAAAGAAAAUGGCAAAGUCAGUGCAAUUUCUCUUGGAUUUAUUCUAAUCUUCAACCUUUUGAGUCCCCUUAUUGGAGUUAUGUACGCUUACAUAAUUCAACCCGGUAAAUGGGCGAUAGGUGAUGACGUCCCGGGUGGGGGCGAUCCGGGAGCUCAUGGGGGAAACCAAAUCUCCUACAUUUUCAGGGACCUUCUCCUGAACAUUUUCCCUGACAACAUUGUGGGUGUAACUUUAUUCCAAGCCUCUACGGAUUUCGACAAUCCUAUCACUAAUAACGAUACGAAAGAGGUAACCUAUAAUGCAGUCACAGCAAGUGGUACAAAUAUGAUUGGCGUCCUCUUCUGCUCACUUGCAUUCGGCAUCGCGGCAAAUGCAGCAAAGGAAAAGGGCGUAGCUUUUAAAAACUUCUUCGAGUCUCUCGGGGAGGUUGUGAUGCUUUUGAUGCAGAAGUUCCUCCUGAUCACACCAGUGGGAGUCAUGUUUAUGGUGAUGAGUUCUAUUGCCGAUGUCGAUGACAUUGGGAAGACCUUUAUCUCUCUGGGCUUCUUCGUUUUGCUCAAUGUCGUCGGUCAAAUCACACAUUUUAUCUUCCUCCUCCUUAGCCUUGUUGUAUUGUGCAAAAAUCCAUUCAUUAUUCUCAAAUACUCUCUACAACCAUAUUUCAUUGCAUUUGCAACCACCAGCGCCAUCGUCUCCCUCCCGAAAGGUUUCAUUGCCUGUGAUCAAUAUGGCAUUCCGAAAUCUAUUUCCCGAUUUAUACUCCCGUUUGCUGGAACUAUGAAAAGUGACGCAUCUGCAGUAUUUAUUGCUGCCUCCUGUCUCUUCGUGGCUCAGCAGCAAAAUGAGACAUUGGAUGCUGGUAAGGUUUUCAUCAUUGUGAUCCUUUCUUUCGCCUACGUGACAGCCUUGCCGAAUAUUCCAAGUGCCAGUGUGGUUGCAGUUGUUACAAUUUUGGGCUCAAUCGGAGUCAACGAAACAGGAGCUUCUCUUCUCUUUGCUGUGGAGUUCAUCAAUGACCGACUACGAUCGGGAAAUGUUGCCCUCUCUCACCUUUACUGUGCUGCGUUCACUUACCAUGCCGUGGAGAAGGAUUUGGCCCAUCAUGAUGAAGAUUGGGAGGAGGAAAUUCGUGAGGUGGACGUAUACGGUUCAGUGAAGAAGGCCUCUGAGUAA